UCGGCCAGGCAGCAGAUCGGGAGGGGGGUUUGUGCCGCCGCCGCCGCCGCGGGGAUUCGCCUCAGCCAUGGUUUCCCUGCUCUGCUGCGGGCCGAAGAUGGCCGCUUGCGGGAUCGUGCUCAGCGCUUGGGGGGUCAUCAUGCUGGUUCUGCUGGGGAUCUUCUUCAACGUGCAUUCGGCUGUACUCAUUGAAGACGUGCCCACCACAGAUGAGGACUUUCAAGGCGGACCGGACAAGAUCUACGCGCUCUACAACCAAGUCAGCUACAACUGCUUCAUCGCCGCCGGGCUCUACGUCCUCCUGGGGUUCUUCUCGUUCUGCCAAGUGCGCCUCAACAAGCGGAAGGAGUACAUGGUCCGCUAGUGGUGCUCCCUCUUCGUUCUCCCCUGGAGGGGGCCGUGGCUGCCGCCUCUGCUGGUGGGCAACGCAUCUCCCACCCCACCCCCACUGCCG